UCAGCGAUGGACAAAACAGUGUUAUUACCUCUAUCACAACCCACUUCCCUUUUCCGAACACGAUGUCUCCGAUUACACUUCUCACUGGCGUGCUGGCUACGGCUAGCAUCAUGGCAACCGGUGUAUAUGCCGUCGAAGCCACUGACAUGGGGGCUGCCGCUUUCUUGUGGCCACCGGACAGAGCUUGGACAGCCACUUGGGAUACCACGUCUCCUUGCGGUUCCUCCGCGGGUGUCGGGAAUCGAACGGAGUUCCCUUUGACGGACGGUUCUGUUGCCAUUGUCCUUCAGACGGAAUCAUACUCGGUCAACCUGGCCAUCUCGUAUGAUGAUAAUCCCACGAGUAAUGCCGAUUUUGUCACCACCGUGUCUGGGAAGAGCUUCCCCGAUGUGGAGCCUGGCCACGAGUGUUACUCCGUCCCCAACCCGCCGUCCAACAUCACCUCCGGAGCCAACGCCACUCUCCAGUUGAAGUAUGUUUCUGACUUUGACAAUGACGGCAACGAGACCUACUAUGCCUGCGCGGACAUCGUCUAUGUGCCCUACAGCUCCUUUACCACCGAUAUUCCCUGCUUCAACGUGUCAGAGGCCGACACGACCAGCUCCUCCUCGUCUUCAUCAUCGACAUCGAGUAGCAGUUCAAGCAGCAGCUCCGGAAGGUCACAUGGUCUGUCUGGAGGGGAUAUUGCAGGAAUCGUGGUAGGUAGUGUUGCCGGUGCUGUUUUGCUCGGUGCGGCAGCCUUCUUCCUGGGUCGCUACUGGCAGAAGAAGGUGCAACGAGAACACGCAGUUGCCAUGAACAUGAUGAACCCGGUUCAGAAGACAUGGUCGGCUGAAACGGCAGGACGGCAACAGCAGGCAUGA